UCAUAGGGUAUACACUUGCUCUGAGACUCACAUAUACUAUGUCUAAUGACUCCUUGACAAGGGCGCAUAUAGUUGGAGAUGUUCUAGACCCAUUUGCUAGCUCAGUGCCUCUAACUGUGAUGUAUGAUGGGAGGCCUGUGUUUAACGGGAUGGAGUUUCGCUCACCGGCGGUCACUCUGAAACCGAGAGUUGAGAUCGGGGGUGACGAUUUUCGAGUGGCCUAUACCCUAGUUAUGAUAGAUCCUGAUGCGCCUAAUCCCAGCAACCCAACGUUGAGGGAGUACCUGCAUUGGAUGGUGACUGAUGUCCCAGCAUCAACAGAUGAUAGUUUUGGACGAGAGAUCGUGCCAUACGAGAGCCCAAGCCCCACCAUGGGUAUCCACCGCAUCGUGCUGGUGCUGUAUCAGCAGCUGGGGCGUGGAACAGUGUUUGCGCCGCAAGUGCGCCAGAACUUCAACUCGCGCAGCUUCGCUCGCCGCUUCAACCUCGGAAAGCCCGUCGCCGCCAUGUACUUCAACUGCCAGCGCCCGACGGGCACCGGUGGGAGAAGGUUCACCUGAUCUGUCUCACUAUAGUAUACUCGUAUGUGCUGCAUCGCACGGACCUAUACCUAGCUAGCUAGAAUAAAUGUAUUGGAUUCAUGUCUGGUCUAUCAAACUGAUGGGUCAGCCAUGUUCAGCUCGAAAGGCAAUUAAGCUCGAGCUUACCAGUACUCAGCAUGCGUGCUUAAGGAUGCACGUUAGCCGCAUCACACGGUACUUAGCUAGAAAGUUUGAAUAAUGUACCUGUGUUGUACUUGUAGGCUCCUUAAGUAAUGGGCCUUCACAAGGAUGUGUUGCUGCUGUUCAAGAAGGGAUGUGACAUUUUGUUACACCAUGGUAAUGAGAUAUGUAUGCGCGCGGUUGUUCUUA